AUGGAUCUUACACGUCUGAACUAUUUUCAGCUACUAUUUUCUAAGCUGAUGGAGUAUGAGGAUAUUGAAGUGAGGAAGCAAGAAGAAAGAUUCGCUUUGGGACAAAUGGGUACAUUUCAGAAUCCUGAAAGUGGAGAGAAAUAUUUGGACUUACAAGGUGAAGGAGAACAUGUCUUGGUCGUUAAAGAAGAUCCUAAAACUAAAACAAAGUGUGGGACGACUAUAUCAAGCCUGAUGUGCAUGAAUAGAAGGUUGAGAUCAAUAACAAAUUUAGCUAGUUUAGCAUGGCAAUGCAUUCUCUCUCGAGGGCAGAUUGUGGAGUGGCAUCAUAGCGUAUGGUCUUCUAGGAUUAUACCUAGACAUCAGAUUACGCUUUGGCUUGUUCAUAGAGGGGCUUUUGAUUCUUGUACAUCUGCGGCGGCGGCGACGACGACGGCGACGGCGGCGGCAAUGGUGAAGCGCAAUAGAGCAGCAAAAGUAGAAGAGCGUUCAGUGUAUUUCGAUACCAGCCUCGACACUCAUAUUCUUCUCACCGUCUCCGAUUCUGAUACUGUUUCCGACAUCAGAAAAAAGAUUGUCCAUGAGCACCUACGGUGCUUUCCUAUCUUUGGUCCGAUUGAAGUCCACGCAUUAAAGGUAAAGCGUAAAGGAAACUUCUAUCACCUAUCUGAGUCCAUGCUAGUCAGAUGUGCUUUUGAAGGUGUUACGAAAAGUUGGUUUCUUUCUGUUGAUGCUUCCAGUUUGAAUAGGCUGAACGCAUUAGAACCUUUGAGCCUUGAUACUGCUUCAAAGGAAAAAGGAUUUGCAUUGCUCAAGGAGCCAAAAAAUGAUUUAGCUAUCUCAGGAAAGGCAGGUACUCUAGGAACCCUAGGAAAGGAUGUUGAUUGCAAGGAAGAUGAUUCUGGAAAUAAGAUUGGUUAUGUGCAAUUUAACUCACCUGAAGAAGCUUUAAAACCUAGCCCACGUGGAAAGAAGCAAAAAAGAAGAAGAAAGAGUCUGCAAGAGCACAAUAAUGAAGAUGGUGCUGUUCAACCCUCUCAUUUUCAAGAAGUUACCGAAAAUGAUUAUGCACUUGUUAUAUAUGAUGGUUCCAAUAAUGCAGCAGAGUUUGUUCCUGAAGAGACUCUGUUAUGCCCUAUAGUCCCUCUGAACGUCGAGCAACCAAAAGUACCUGCAUCAACUGGAAUUGAUACUAAUGGAAUAGCUAAUGCUACUGCAAAUGACAAAAGUAAUACCUCCAAAGUGGGUGCUACGAUUGGAUCGAAAGAAAGGAAGCAUACAAAAAAAAAGCAAUCUAGAGACCAGGGAAUACUGGCUUCACCCUCUUUUCAUGGUUAUAGUAAUGCUGACAAGCGUGGUGCAGAAAUUGGUUCUGAAGAUAAAGACCCUUCCAAUGAUAAAACUAAUAAAAAGAGGAAAUUGCCAAGUAACCAUGCUAUUUCAAGUCAGGAUGCCGCAGAUAGACAGAAUAAUGAAGUAAUAGUCAAAGAUUCCAAGAACUCUACUCCUGAUGAAAGACCAAGAAAGAGAUCCAAGAAAUCUGUUGCUCCAAACCCAGAUCUUUCAAGCAUGGAGGAUGCAAUUGGCAAAGGAAAAAUUGCUAUUGACGAGGCUCAUAAUACUGGUGAGAAAAAAGAAAUUUCAUUUGGUGAUCGUGAGAAGUUUGAUCCUUCACAUCAGAAUGAUACUAAUGGAUAUGUUAAAGAAGUGACAAGCUCAGCUGAGUUCCUUGGUACCAACAAGGGGAAAGAGUUGGAGAAAUCUAACAAUGGCAAAAAAUUGAAAAAGAGUACCAAGAGAUCUGUUGUAGUAAAGGCAGAUGCAUUAAGCUUGGAGAAUGACUGCAUAUUGGAAAAUAAAACUGAUGAGAAAAUAGAAGCAGGGGCUCAUAAUACUGGUGAGAGAAGAGAAAUUGCAUUUGAUGAUCGUGAGAUGUUUGAUCCUUCACAUCAGAAUGAUACUAAUGGAUAUGUUAAAGAAGCAAAAAGCUCAGCUGAGAUCGUUGGUACCAACAAGGGUAAGGAGUCGGAGAAAUCUAACAAUGGCAAAAAGUUGAAAAAGAGUACCAAGAGAUCUGUUGUAGUAAAGGCAAAUGCAUUAAGCAUGGAUAAUGACUGCAUAUUGGAAAAUAAAACUGAUGAGAAAAUAGAAGCAGAAGCUCAUAAUACUGGUGAGAGAAAAGAAAUUUCAUUUGGUGAUCGUGAGAAGUUUGAUCCUUCACAUCAGAAUGAUACUAAUGGAUAUGUUAAAGAUGCAACAAGCUCAGCUGAGGUCGUUGGUACCAACAAGGGGAAGGAGUCGGAGAAAUCUAACAAUGGAAAAAAGUUGAAAAAGAGUACCAAGAGAUCUGUUGUAGUAAAGGCAAAUGCAUUAAGCAUGGAUAAUGACUGCAUAUUGGAAAAUAAAACUGAUGAGAAAAUAGAAGCAGAAGCUCAUAAUACUGGUGAGAGAAAAGAAAUUUCAUUUGGUGAUCGUGAGAAGUUUGAUCCUUCACAUCAGAAUGAUACUAAUGGAUAUGUUAAAGAUGCAACAAGCUCAGCUGAGGUCGUUGGUACCAACAAGGGGAAGGAGUCGGAGAAAUCUAACAAUGGCAAAAAAUUGAAAAAGAGUACCAAGAGAUCUGUUGUAGUAAAGGAAAAUGCAUUAAGCAUGGAGAAUGACUGCAUAUUGGAAAAUAAAACUGAUGAGAAAAUAGAAGCCCCAAAUGAGAAGAAGGAUCAUGAAAUUAUGCUAUCUGAGGAGGCUGGUCCAGAACUGCCGAUUGGAAAAGCAGUGGCCACUUUUAAUUCCGAAGCCAACGAGGUCAAAGAACUUGAAAAUACUAUCACUGAGCAGAGGAAAAACUUGAAAGCCAAGAAAUCUGUUGCCCAAAAACCCAGUGCAUCAAUCAUGGUGAAUGAUAACCUUCAAUCUGAAAUUUCUCUUACCGAUCACGCUAAUAAAACUUACAAGAAAGAAGAAUUGCACCGUGAAGAUGAUCCUGAUAGGCAGAUUAAAGAAGUAGGUUCUGCUGAGCUCAAUGAUACCAACAAUAUCAGAGAACCCGUGAAAUCUAUCACCGAGAAAACAAAGAAAAAGAGAUCUAUCAAACUUGUUGCUGUAAAUCCUGCAACAACGAGUGAGAAGAAUGCUAACUCUAUGAGUGAUGUUUAUGCCACUGACCUCACUUACAAAUCUGAUGAAAGAAGAGAAUUGCCAGAUGAUGAUGAAGCUAUGCUGUCAGAAAGGGGUGAUGCCCCAAUCAGAAAGGAAGCAGAAUCCCUUUUGGCAAAUCAAGUAAUUGAAGCACCCGAAGAAAAUCCCAAAAAUUCAGUGAGUUUAAAGAAGGUUAAAAUGACACAGUCUUCCUCAAAUGUUAACUUGAAGGAGCAAAGUCCAAUUGACUUCAUUGCAAAAGAUGCUGGCAGUAAGGAUGAGAAAGUGGGAAAGAAAAUGAAAAAACAUAAAGUUCUUAAUGUUAAAAGUCAUCCAGAUUUGCCUUCUGAAGUGAAAGAGGUUGCUAGCCAAGUAUUUAACCCUCAAUCGGACACAUUUGUACAGGAAGAAGCAUCUGGCACUGAAGAACAUAGUAAAUCAUUGAAGAGUGGCCCCGAGAAUCAGUUGGCUGGAAGAGUACUGGAGGAAGAUAGUAAUUCAAAUUCAGCAGAUUUAAGCUCCACUUUACAAGAAACAGCCAUCAAUAGUAAUCUUAAGUCAGAAGGUAAUUCUCUUAACUUCAAGGAUUACUUUGUCUCUGAAGCAAAUAGAUCAAACGACCAGCCCAAAGUUACCAAGGAAAAGAAGAGACCAUCUCGUGACUUGAGUUCUAGUGAUAUCCAAUUUCAGGAGGCAUCUUCAAAAGUUGAGCCUAAAUCUAUGUCCAAAGGUAUUUCAGAAUCUCGUAAACUUCAUCAAAUCAAGAUUGUUCCUGAAGAAGCUGGAUUGACCGAUACAAAUGGUUUGGAGAUGAGGAGCCCUGCACUCGCAAACCUGAAGAAGAAGAAUACUGAAUCUUCAAGAGUACCUAUAUCGAGAUCAGAAACAUCUGAAAGACAUUUGCAGAAUAUAGAGAAAUCGAGCAGGCAGGCUGAAGUUUCAAAGGCUUCCAGAAAUAAAAUUGGGAAAAUUAUUAACAGCUCACAAAACAAGAAGAGUUUGUUGGCUAGGUCUGGUACAAUUUUUCGGGAUGCUAGCAGCGAGAGUUCCAAGGAUGAUAAUGGAAAGGAAUCUGCAGAUUCUAGCACCAAGUCUCCAUCAGAUAGUUCAUCUUCCUCAUCAUCAGCAUACUCUGAUGCUAGCAAUUUUAGAUCAAGUUCACAAAGAAAUGAGUCUUUUAGCAUCAAGGGAAAGGAAUCUGGAAGGAAAAAUAUCAAUGAACUAAGAACUCCAGCCUCAAAAAAGCUAAGCUUGGACACGAUUCUGAAGAGUUCGAGCAGAUUCAAGAAGGCCAGGCUCACCGCAGUUGAAUCGCAACUUGAAGAUUCAGAGAGCCAGCCUGUGGAUAUUGUUCCUGAGAGUCAAGUUUAAACAUUAUUUUUAUCCAUUAUUUUAUGGUCUGUCUCUAAGAGUUGUUUGGUUAGUUUUUUUGUUGGUAUGUUGUCAACCAACCAUACUACUUCUAAGCAAUUUUGUUUUUGUUUCUGUUGCUUGCUUAGUUGGAGGAUUACUUUGUUGUUUUUGGUAAACUGCUUUAAAGCUUGUAUAACAUAUAAAUUGAUCUUUCCAAAAUGUUAUAUGAGUAGGUUUUGUUAGGUUA